GGAUCCAAUUUCCACGAAUUGAAAAGAUGAAUAUUGUGGGGAGACAAUACGUUGGAAUGAUUCUGCCCAAAUUUUCGAGUUCGAGUGCUGACAACUAUGCGAAGGAUGUAUUAGCGCCCAUUGUCAAGCAUCGUGUCAAGGCAGCCAAAUUUUCGCCCUGUGUUCGAUCGAAGAGCAGACUGCCUCUAAACGUUGAUGUGAACAUAUUCUCUCCCAGAAUAACGACAAAGGGAUGUGUUCCAACUACAAAAUUGUUCUGUCCAACACUUGCAGAAAACAAGAACCUGGUGUCUGAAGAUACGGUCCGUAAUGUGUGUGUAGUAAUUUGGGACAUGUAAAUAAAAUAAUUGAUACUUUCCAAAGAUGCAGUGAAUAAUUUUGUUCGUUUAAAUUUACAGCCAGUCAGUCCAGUGUCUCAGACGAGAGGAAAAUCUUGGACAACAAUUGUCAACAGUCCACCUGUACGGGAUAGCAGCAUGGAUCAAAUAGGAGGAGGAGACGAACAAUCGAACGACGCCUGGUGCCAAGAGUUUCCGCUAAUUCAGGAGUAUGUGCAAGUAGAGGAGGGGGAAUCUCUUAUUGACGCUGCCAAACGUGGACUGCAAUUAUUCAGAGAUGAGGUCGGAGAGAGCAUAGAAGACGCUGCCCCAUGUCGUCCUACGAGCAGAAAGUUAUUAACCCCGUCGAGUGAAAAAUUCUUCUCUCCGGAGAUUUCGAACAAUGGCAGCUGCAGUUGGACCCUGUUUGAAAGCUUUGACUUUGUGGACGCUUUAAAACUCGCUGAUGGACGACUUGGAAAAAGGGAAAAAGCUGAAGCUGAGUCAUUUAACUCUAAUGUAAAGGGUCGCUCAGUUGGUGACCUAAAAAACGAAAAUGAAAUGAUUGAUAUUGAAGCAAUAGUUAAAGAGUCAAUUGUUCCAGGCAGAGGCAAGUAACAUGUAUAAUGAAUGUAAAUUAUCAUAAUUUCAUAAAUUUGAAUUAUUUGAUUUAAAUUGAUACAUUUCUAGCAGUGGACCCAAAAGUUAGGCCGAGUCCUGUUUCUAGCUCCAAUUUUUCGCCUAGCUCUUAUGAAAACUACCAAAAUGUACAUGACGAAAGUAGAAAACUACCUUCAUUAUUGUCAAUACCAGUAAUAUUACCAACUUCACUUGCACAUUUGUCGACAUACUUCUCACUUUGCUGCAAUAGUUCAUUUCCAACUUCAAACCGUGUUUCCCCAGUCGUCGUUCCACCAGAGGUUGACUCCGCUGAAAAGUUUUUCCCACUUUCCCUUGUCAAUGCAAACAUGGAUAAUUUCAACAAGCCAAGUACAACCCUCCCAACUCCAACUCCAAGUAUUUUUGUAACGAAACCAAGAAUACCGUCUUUGAUGGACUUGGAAAUAACUAUUCCGUCCCAGGCAGUAGUAGCUAAAAAGAAGGGAAAGCCACGUUUGCCAACUAUUGCAGACGCAUUGAAACAUUCCGUCCUUCAACCCGCACGCUGUUCUUUCUCAGAAAUAAAGUCCUCCAAACCUCACAAGUCCCAUAAACAAGCACAAACUAUGCCAAUUGAUGAGCAAGCAACUUAUUCAUCCAAGUUUUUAACCGAAAUUUCGGAAACGACGCCGACUAAUUCUAUGCAAGAAUAUAAAGAAAAAAAUUUUCCCCAUCCUUGUAACGAAACUCAUCCUUCCUUCACGCCCCCUCUUCAGUUGCCGUUGGAUCAUACUCCCUCCAAUAGUUUUAGUUCGGAAUCUUCAAAUUAUUUAAGAACCCCAAAAAUUUUGAAAAUUUCAGACAGAAAUGAGUCUUCUCGAAAGCCUUGCCACAAGAAGAAGAAACUUAUCCUUCGCUCCAUCCUAGACUCUCAACCCAAACUACAGAUAACGGAAGUGUGUCAGCGCGUGGAUUUCAACAACUUUGCGGAAGAUUGGAAGACAACUCGGGGGUCAAUGGUUUGCUUUGAUGCGAAAGGAAAAGUAGCCCGGUUCCUUCCCCCACUCCCUCCCCCUCCCUCAGUGGCGAUCUAAUUUUUCAGGCUUUUGAGUAUAACUCAUUCGAAAACCUGCAAAUACCAAGGGUCCCCAUAUUAUGUAUAUAUUGUAUUACCUACAAUACCAGUAAAAUAAGAAAUUAAGAAAAAUAAAAUUAUUAUUUUUUGUUGGACUUUA